UCAUUUUUAAUAUUUUUUUCAACUGUAAAAUCUAGUUUAAUCAUGUUUUUAUUCACCUAUUCAUUUUUCAUUGCUUUAUACAUCUUAGGAACUUCAUCGUCGUUCCAGAAUGAUGAAAGUGGCAGUUAUGAAGUACAAUCUCCGAUUUUUAAGUGGGAUAAAUUAAAUAAUAUCAAAACUAUAAAAGACUUCAAUCCAGUUGAUGAGGAAUGGCAGCUGAAAAAGGCCAGUCUUUUAAAUAUAAAUUCAAAACAUAUUGUAAAUUUCAUAAAAAAUAUUUGCACAAAUGAAAAGCUAAAUGGUUCAAAUUUAGAUUUAAACAUUAUAUAUAUUGAAAGAGACAUGCAUUAUUUUGUUAAAGCUAUAUCUUACUGGAUAACUGGAAGUGUCGUAUUUUAUCAACGCAUAAAAUCUCAAUUAGUUCAAUUUUUGAAGCAGUCUGAAAAAUACCUAGACUAUGAGUUUAAUAAGGAAAACAUAGUACUAAAACGAAGUGAUCCUUCAAUUUACAACAUUAUGUCUGUCGGUGUAGCUGAGUUAUAUGCUGUAGCUGAAAUGUUAAAAACGUCUAUUUAUGUUUUUGCUAAUGAAAAAUGGUUCUUUAUUAGUAAAGAUGGAAUAAACGGGAAAAUAACAGAUGAACAGUGCCUGUAUUUAGAAAAUCCUUACGAAAAUCAUUUUAAUGUUAUUGUUCAUGGUUAGUUUAAAUAUUGAUGUAAACGUUUCUCUGAAAUAUAUUUUUUAUUUAGUUCUCUA